GCUAAACAAAUUUUAAUCAAUUGCUUACUUGUCAUCAUUGGUUGUACUGCAGUACAGUACGCGAUUUUGUAUUCAGUCACCAUGAUUCAAUGUAACUUGGCGUUAGUGAUUUGCGGUAAUUUUUAAAAAUAUUAUAAUACAAAUCGCGUGUGUAUACAAACAUAUUGUAUAGACAUUUUGUAAUUAACAAGUGUGUAGUGUUAAAGAAAAACAGGAACACAUUCCUGUCCGUAAUGAAUCAUUUAACUUAAUCAACAAAACUGCACAGCAAAAUGAAUCUGCAAAAGGGCGAUCAAGGCGGCGAAGUUUUAGGAAGGAAGAAUGCAUCUUUAAAAAAAAAUAUCUUAUCGAAAAUUGCGGAAUGUCGUAUAUGUCUUGAAGUAGUUCGACCACCCGUGUGCCAGUGUGAAGCUGGGCAUGUAGUGUGUAAGAGUUGUUUCGAUGAAAUGGAUUUAAAAGAGUGUUCGAUUUGCAAUCGCCCCGUCUCAAGCGCUAAAAAUGUCGUUUUAGAACAGCUCUUGGAAGGAAUAAGUUCCCAGACACCGGUAAAAUGUGAAUAUGCGACCAGAGGCUGUACGUUCAGUUUUAAAGCUGCUCACAAAGACAAUCACGAAAGACUGCAGAUUUCGGCCUUUCCAAUGUGAAGGAAAUGUAUUUGCUGGUUGGAAAUGUGAUUGGGUUGGAAGUUAUUCCGAUAUACAAAACCAUUUUAAGACAGCUCAUAAGAAUAAUGAGUCGAUGGAAUUCAAAACUGAGGUUUGUGUGGAUAUCAACUUUAGAUUAAACUUUAGGGACGUUGAUGUCGUAUCUUUCUUCAAUGGUCAGGCUUACUUUUACUACAAGCAUUUUGUUGAUGCCCGAAAGGAGAAGCUGUAUUGGGCUUUCCAGUUUAUCGGUCUCAAGUGUAAAGCUGACAGCUUUUAUUAUGAAUUCGAGGUAUAUGGUGGACCUAUCAGGAAAUUUAAGGUGUCUGAAUUAUGCUAUAAUGACACCACUAACAUUGAAGAUAUUUUUGAGCUAGAGAAAUGCGUUGUCAUGUCAUUUACAACCGCAAGAAAUUUUGUGAAUAACGACGGCAAAUUGCCUAUAAGGUUUAGGAUUAAAAAGGUACGAAAUGAUCAUUAAAUUUUAAUAAUUUGAUGAAAUUUCGUACUGAUAUAUAUUAAUUAAUACAUUUUCAUAUUGAUAUCUUUAGACUAAGUAUUUGACGAGUAAAGUGUUGUUUUCUAAUAAUGGUUUUUUAUAUUUCCUGUGCCAAAUAUGCUCGUAUAUCAAGAAGUAAAAGGUUUUGGGCAAUGUGAAAGUGGUGUGAAAAAGUUGUUGAAAAUUCAAACUUAGUUCCCGAGAAUUAGUUCCAAACUUUUGAAAGCAUUGUAGCUUUCUUACGUUUUACCAAAUUCUGCCAAUAUUAAACUCGAUUUCGGAAAUUAUGUAACUGUGUAAAUUAAAAAACUGAGCCUGCUAGUGAUUUAAUUCAUGCAAUAGUUUGUAGAGAGCGCUUUAUGUUUCAAGUUUUGUGCAAAAAGCUAAAUGAAACCUCAUAGGUGUUAAGUAGUUUUAGAAACAGUACUUCUAUUAAUCUCGCAUUUUUUAAAACCAUUGUUUAUUAAAAUGAAUGAGGAUAUGAAA